UUGUUUGGUAAUGCAACUUUUUUCUGCAGUCGUGUUUAUGGUAUUCGCGAAGAGUGGCCAGCAAAAACUGCAAAUUACACAAAUAACUUGGCCAAAUUUGUCGACCAGUGCAAUAAAUCGUGGAGAAAUCGUCUGAAAAAAAUUGGACAAAUUCCGGAAUUGAAAACUUUACAGCGCAAUCGAUGGCCAAAUCGAGCGAACAAAGUAAUGAAAGAAUUAAUUGACUGCAUGAAAAACGUUUCUACUCAGCCUGUCGAAAAAUGCGAAACACCACAUCGUUGCCUUUCUGCCAUCACCACCAUCAAAGAAAGCGAGUGGAUUAUUCCGCAAUCAACCUGGGUCGUUUUGUAG